AUAUUUAGAGGUGUUCAAAGUCAAAUUUACCACAGUUUUUAAAUUUUAUGUUGCACCGGUAUGUAAAAAAUAAAAAAAAAUGUUUCAAGGAUUUCAGAAAAAGAAGCCUAAGCUUUCACAUCACGGAUCAAAAGAGGCUGAUGAUAUAUACCACUCGUCAAGUAAUGAAUCUGGGUCACUGAAGGACAGUAAAGAUGGCAGUGAAAGGUUUAAGCAGCUGUAUGAGGUGUAUUUUGUUGGCAUUGUUCCAGAUAUUGUCAUGAGUCAUUCUAUAACACGAGACAGGGAGGCCCAACUCGUGGAUAGAAUAGAGGAAUCUCAGAUUGAGGGAAAGUUACCAAUAUCCCCACAGGAAGAUGAUAAAGUAAAGAUUAGUGUCUCAAUACAUGGUGUCAAAGUAUUAGACAUGAAAGCACAAGAAGUUUUGCAGCGUCAUCCAUUACAUACGAUAGCACAGGUUGUACAGUACAGUGACGGAGGAAGUGUGAAUAAUAUCGCCUUUAAAAUUGGAAAUGUCAACAAAUCUGUGUUCAGUGCAUAUGUGUUUGAAUGUCUUUCAGAGGAACAAGCACAAAUGAUUUGUCAAAAUGUAAGAGCAAUGUUCGACAAAAUCACAGAAAAGAACAGAUGAAGUUUAAGACAUUAUAUUUUACCAUAAAGCGUCCUGUGAUAAUAGAUAUAGGCAAUGGUGCUUACUUUUAAUGAAUGCAAUAUUACACUCAUAAUCACAAUCAAUGUGAAAACUUGUUUAUUGUCAUAUAAUAUACAUGUAUAUUGUAUUGUUACUUUGAUUUUGACUGAAGCACAUUGGUGAAUAUCUUUUUUGAAAGAUUUGACUAUGCUGGUUAGAACAACAUUAAGUGUGAAAAUAAGUGCUGUAAUGACUCAAGUAUACAUGAAGAAAACAUUAUCUCAGUGAUUCAUUGGUACAGCUUAUGUGUAAACCAAAUUAAGCAUAUAUAUUAUGGUAUUUACAAGACUUGGAGUUUGGUAAGCAUUAAAGUGACAUUAUGCCCAUCCAAGGGUAUAAAUUAGUGAACAAGUGAAAGUCAAAAUAAGUUUUUAUUUUGCCAUAAUUCCUUUAAAUAUCAAAAAAUAUUUCACAUUAACAGUAAACAAUGCAUGGAUCCAAAUUAUUUUUCGUAAAUAACCAUUUGAAUUUACUUGUAACGUUCAGGUCAUAAAAAGAAUGGGACAGUCUUUUUAUAUUUUAGGCAGAUUUUAAUUUUAUAUUAAACAUUUUUCAUUGUGAACUGAUGGUCAAUCACUAUUUUAACAGUCAAUAUUUUGAAAUAUAUAGUCAGUUCAUCUCAACUUGACUAUGAAAAUAUGAGCAUAAUGUCACUUUAAUUUUGGUCUCACACAACCUGUCAUCACUUUGUAUACAGUAUAUAAUUAUAUUUUAUUUUCAACAUUGCAGGCACAUGUAUGUUGAUUAUUGAUAAAAUGAUAGGAAAAAUGAAACUAUGUUUAAUGUCAUGGUUUGGGACUGAUAAAAUUAUAAUAAAUCCUAUUGACCAUGGCUGAGUGGUUAUGCUCACUGAUGAAUGUGAUUGAUAUGAUAAUAAUUAUAAUAACCUAUUGACUAUGGCUGAAUUUUAAUGGUCACUAAUUCUAAUUCUAAUGAUGUAACAAGUAUGGUAAUAUUCAAGCCCAUGGCUAAGUGGCUAUCGUUACUGAUGAAUAUGACUGGUAUCAUAAUGUUUGAGUUGAUUGACCAUGACUGACUGGUUAUACAUGUAGUCAUUGAUUGAUCUGACUGAUAAAAUGAUAUUAAAGCCUAUUAAACAUGGCUUAGAAGUUAUGACUUAGAAACACUUGCUUCUCAUUGUUGUAGGGUCAGAUCUCUAAGUUUUCCUUUAUUUAAUGUGAAGAGCUAUCCAAUCAGCUUACUGAUAUGAAAGUCAGUGGUUUGAAUCAGGCACUCACUUCCGCAUAAGUUAUUCAGAGAGGGACUAGUGCUUUGUUCCUCAAACAGUAUAGCUGGAAUGUGUCAAAUAUACAUGUAUAUAAAUGUACCUUUAAAGGGUUGGUGUGAAUGACAUCAAAUUAUAAAAGCUUAUUUUAAUCACAUAUAGUAAUUGUUUAAAGUUAUAAUAUGAAUAAAUAUCUGUUGUUUUCAAAGAUGCAGGACUCUAGCCAAUCUCUCAUGAACUUGACAAUCUGUCAUGAAAUUUCAACUGUUUCAAUUAUAGAAGAAAACCCUGAAAAGUUUCAAAUUGAAGCAUUCAUAAAUCUAAGUGAAACAAAAUUCAAUGUGUGUUGCUUGUGUAUUGUUAUUUUCAGGUUUGUUAUGAUGUGGAUUCAUGUGGGUUAUUACUUGUAUUACACUUUAAAUGUUUAUUAACAAUUAUGAUAAUAUUAGUUAUGCACUUCUAUGGAAAUAUCUGGGUUUUUUUUGUAUAUAUAGAAAAUAUAUAUUUUUAUUUUUACACUUGUUAUUUAUAGCAAAUAAUGUAAAUUAGUACAAUGCUAAUUAAAGUACAAUAAAAGAGAAAAUUUAA